AUGGCGGCGCCAGUUAAGCAACCAAGGGCUUCAAGUGCAGCAGGAAGUGGAUAUUUCACAAAUAUAUUGACACAGGAAGUGGAUGAUGAUUUGGAAUUGUUGAGGCAGCAGGAUGCCACUCCAAGUACUGGCGGCAAAUCCAAGCGAGGCAGCAACUACACUAAUCUUGAAGAUAUCCAACUUUGCAAAUCUUGGAUUCAUAUCAGCAAUGAUCCUAUCAUAGGGAAUCAGCAGCCAGGAAAAACUUAUUGGGAGAGGAUCGCAAAUGAUUUCCACAGGAACAGGGACUUUGAGUCCGAUAGGACUCCCAAUUCACUCGAGCAUCGCUUUGGGAUCAUACUAAAGGAGUGCAUGAAAUUCCAAGGCUACUACGAGGAGGUCGAGCGUCGUCAUCCAAGCGGCAUUCCAUACCAAGAGCAUCUGCUGGAAGCCCAAGCAAGGUAUGCCAGAAAAGCGAACGGCAAAAAUUGUCAAUUCGAACAUUGUUGGCUCACGUUGAGGCACACUCAGAAGUUCGAAUCAACGCUUGAAGGCAACAAGAAGCCGGCCAAGUCCAGAGAGCUCAACCUCCCGGUAGGAAGUGAACAAGAGGACGAUGAGUCAACCGCCCAAGGCCAAGAAAGCUCCUCAAUCCCUUCUGCCAAGAAAGCCCGACCUCCGGGUAGAAAGCAAUCCAAAGACAAGCUGAAAAAAAAUGAAGGAGAUGACGAGUACAAGGAUAUGAUGCAAAAUUUGUUGGUAAUGAAGACCGAGGAACAUAUGAUGAAGAAAGAAAGGUGGGAGAAGGAUAUGAUGCUUGAGCAACGCAGGCUUCAGAUGGAGGAGGAGCGGCUGCAGUGGGAGCAGGAACAAAAAAUUAUGUUUUGUGAUUUGACCACCAUGGACGAUGAUCAAAGGGCAUACGUGAAGGCAAAGAGAGCGAAGAUUGUGAAGGCGAUGAGUGCUAGUGUAGGCGAGACAGCUAGUGGUGAGAGUGGAGUGUAG